AUGACUGCAUCAUCCUCAGCCGCCCCCCAAUCGAAUGGCUACCACAACAGUGUCACUGGUUCUCCCGCCACUUUGGAACCUGGCAUCUUCGUUCCUACCGUAGCCUUCUUCGCCUCGGACGACAGCGUUGAUGAGGAGACGACCAAGAACCACGCCAAACGCCUUGCUCGCGCUGGGGUCGCGGGCCUUGUAACUCAUGGUUCCAACGGCGAGGCAGUUCACCUCGAUCACGCUGAGCGCAAACUUAUUACACGCCUCACACGAACUGCCCUAGAAGAGGUUGGCAAGGCACAUCUCCCAAUUAUCGUGGGUUGCGGUGCGCAGUCAACUCGAGAGACCAUCCAGCUGUGCCGAGACGCUGGCGAAUCCGGUGGCACCCAUGCCCUUAUCCUCCCGCCUUCCUACUACGGCGGUUUGUUGAACACGGAUUUAAUUAUCGAACACUUUCGCGCGGUGGCAGACGCAAGUCCGGUCCCGCUUCUUAUUUAUAACUUCCCCGCCCCUUGCGGUGGACUGGAUCUCAGUUCUGAUACGAUUCUCACUCUCGCCAAACAUCCUAAUAUUGUUGGUGUUAAGCUGACUUGCGGCAACACUGGCAAGCUUGCUCGUGUUGUAGCCGGUACUCGAGGCACAUCUUUCAGAACGUACGGCGGAAGUGCCGAUUUCAUCAUUCAGACACUAUCGGUAGGUGGCCAUGGUGUCAUUGCUGGACUGGCCAAUAUUUCUCCUGUCUCUUGCAACGAGGUUGUUCGCCUCUGGAAGAAUAGCGAGGUUGAGAAGGCCGUUACGAUUCAGGGUAUUGUUGCCCGUGGUGACUGGGCAGCCAUUAAGGGGGGGUUUAUUUCUGUCAAGGUUGCUCUAGAGAGUUAUUACGGCUAUGGGGGACUGCCCCGAAAGCCAUGCACUGUUCUUGAGGGCAAGGCCCUCAAAGCUCAAGUUGCCGAGUUCCAGGAGUUGGUAGAAUUGGAGACCAAAGUCAGUGCCUCUACAUAG